ACUUUCCUACCGUGUGCGAUUUUUCCAUUUAGCUUGGUGUAAACACCGGAAGUAAACAAACAGCCCCAACACAUGCAGCAACAGGACAUACUGACGACGGGACUGAACACAUUCUGUUUAUUUCUUUGUGAGAGUACCUGCCUUGUGGUUGUGUACCAAUAUGACUAGUUCAGGGCUUAGCAUUUUCAAUGAUCUGGAGUUUGGGGCCGUCGUUAGAGAGCUGGACACCCCAAAUGUCGACGGCUGGGAGUUUUUCACAGAAAGCCACGGAGUCAAAAUAUACAGGCUGUAUAACGAGACUUCUGGGCUUUAUGAAUACAAGGUUUAUGGUACACUAGAUGACUGUCCCCCUGAUGUAUGUGCUGAGGUGUAUCUUGACCUGGAAUACAGGAAAAUCUGGGACAGUUAUGUCUCUGAACUGUAUGAAAGGGAGGCCAAUGGUAUGAAGGUUAUAUACUGGGAUGUUGCCUACCCAUUCCCUAUGUCUCACAGAGAUUAUGUUUAUAAAAGAGAAUAUAAAGAAAUAGAACACAAUGGUCACAAAGUGUAUGCAGUGAUGGCCAAAAGUGUGGAGUGUUCAGAUAUUCCUGAGAAGUCAGGGGUUAUUAGAGUAGAUGACUACAAACAGAGCUGUGUUCUUACCACUGAUGGUAAAGUGGGAUCAAAAGCAUACAUGAGGUAUUAUGACAAUCCAAAAGGCAUGAUUCCAGCAUGGUUAAUCAAUUGGGGAGCGAAGACUGGUGUUCCAUCUUUCUUGACGAUGAUGCAGAAAGCUUGUCGAGGGUACCCAGAAUACAAAGCUAAAAAAAGGACCACUAGUUAACAAUCAGGGCACAGAAUUAAACAUGACAUGGAGAUACUCCUUUAUUUAUACUCAACUCUGGGAUUUUUUUACCAUUUUCUCACAUUCUUUUGUUAUUUUUAUAUAACAAUCAUAUACUGUGUACUUUGUGAGGUCAUUGCAGCAUCUUUUUGUUGUAUGACUUCUUCCAUUGUUAAGACUUGUGAUACUACUUUUGUGAUAUUCAGGUGCAAUGUUCUUUAAAUGUUUGAAAAUGUGUUCUGUUUAUGUAAUUAGAAUGUAACUUUUAUUUAAAUCUCAUAUCAAAUAUGGAAGAAAAAAUAAAUUAUUUUCCAAAGUUU